AAAAGGGUCGGGUCGACUGCUGGGUUUUAGGGAGAGGCCGGCGGAGGUUCCGUAAUUUUCUUCCCUAGUUGGUGGGAAGCGUAGUUUGGGAGGUUCUCUUGCAGAGUUACUUACAUUACAUUCACUCAUCUCAAGACAAGGGUACUUAGCUGUUUAAAAAUGCCUAAGGUGAGGACAAAUCGGAUCAAAUAUCCAGAUGGAUGGGAAUUGAUUGAGCCUACUCUUAGGGAGCUGGAUGCCAAAAUGAGAGAAGCUGAAAUUGAUCCACACGAUGGCAAGAGGAAAUGUGAAGGAUUGUGGCCUAUUUUCAAAAUUGCACAUCAGAGGAGCCGCUACAUUUUCGACCUUCACUAUAAGAGAAACGAAAUAUCUAAAGAGCUGUAUGAGUUCUGCUUGGAACAAGGCUAUGCAGACCGCAACUUAAUUGCUAAGUGGAAAAAGCUUGGAUAUGAACGUCUCUGUUGCCUUCGUUGCAUACAGCCACGGGAUCACAAUUUCAGCACAACUUGUGUUUGCCGCGUUCCUCAGCAUUUAAGGGAAGAGAAAGUAGUGGAGUGUGUGCAUUGUGGAUGUAGGGGCUGUGCUAGUGGGGAUUGAUUGACUUUUCCAGGUAUAAUAUUUCUCUCUUGCGAGAACUUAGCAUUUGCAUAUCUUGUACCCAAACCUUAUUUGUGGUUUAUGUAGAAUGGAUGUUUGUUACAUUCAACUGAACUAUAAUACGAAAGGUAUUUCUGACUUAU